GCUAACGGAUGUUUCGGCUUCUUCGGUUGCAGCGUACCACAUGUAGCUUGACACGCAACUUUAACUCUCAGUCUAUUCAACGAACAAAACUUCCCCGUACCUGGAAAUCAUACACUCUUUUGGUAUUGCCAGCGACUUGUUUUGCCCUCGGGUACUGGCAAAUAGGUCGGCGAAAAUGGAAACUGGAUCUCAUCGCUCAGUUGGAAAAUAACAUACAUACCGCACCACUCAGCCUACCAUCCAGUGCAUUUAAAAGCUCUGAUCUGUCCGAGUACUGCCCUGUUACUGUGAGUGGACACUUCGACCACACUCGGGAAGCAUUUAUUGGGCCAAGACCUCUGAUUACUGACCGAAUUCCUCCUUUGGAGCAUAAUCGUCAGUUUUUCAAACCAAAAUCAACGGAACGAAAAAUCGAUCCGUUCUAUCAUUAUAAAGCUCCAACCUCCACCGGUUACUUUGUAGUCACUCCAUUCUUUCUAGAAGAUAGACCCGGCAUCAGCAUUUUGGUUAAUCGUGGCUGGGUUCCUUCAUCCUAUCUCGACCCGGCGCUUCGCAUCAACGGUCAGAUUACUGGCACCGUCAAGUUAACGGGACUUAUUCGAUAUCAGGAGAAGCCAAUGCUCUUCGCCCCCGCCCCUCAUCCUGUGCCGUUGAUGAAGGGUGAGAAACAACGUCCACUCUAUCAGUACUGUUGUCGGCAGAUCGAUGCCAUGGCUAAUCAGCUCGGCACAUUACCACUGCUAAUUGACGCUGAUUAUGAUUCAACCAUUCCUGGUGGACCUGUUGGUGGUCAAACUCGGAUCCUAGUCCGAAACGAGCACGCCUCAUACAUUUUAACUUGGUACGCCUAUUUCGCCAUCCACUUCAUAGUUACUUGUUUGGAUCGCCUUAUAAUUUCUAUUGGUUAA